AUGGUGUGGAAUCGCUUGAAAUUUCCCAAUAUGGCAAUCACAUUCAUGGGCAAGAACGCACGUACAAGAUUGCGUGAUAAUCAAUACGUUUUUCGUGUUGAACCGCAAUACACGAAGCAUGAGAUCAAGGAAUACUUGACGAAAGUCUAUGAUUUACCAGUGGCGAAAGUGAAUACGAUGAAUUACGAAGGUAAAUUCAAACGGGCAUUUCGUGGUCGAUACGUGUACAAGGAGAAGGACUGGAAGAAGGCUAUUGUGACCCUCAAGGUGUAA